AUGCUUUUAAAUAAAAAUGUUCGCAAUAAAGAUACUAAUAGAUGUUCUAUUAAGUUGCAAACAUGUACAAGUGAGCCAAAUAGAAGAGCUAUUGCUCAGCAAGAAAGUAGAGAAUAUCGUAGGUCUAUUGCACAACAAUUAAGGAGAAAACUUGAGCGAGCGAAAAGAGCACGUACUAUACCAGACAAUGAAAUAUUUGCACAAUUUCAACUGCAAAAUAUACGAUAUGAUCUUGGUCAUAUGGAUACACAGCUUUUUGAGGAUCAAGAUGAGCAAUGUAAGGAAUUUCAUGCAAACAUACGCCAAUACAAUGCAGCACAUGCGUUUACUUCACUAGGAGUAAAUAUUGAUCAAACUAUUCUUAAAUUACAAGAAAUUCUUCAGGAACACCAUGCAUUUUAUCCUAUAUAUCAACAAGCUCAUGAGAUUCUUUCUCAAAUAUAUGAAGAAGGUGUAUCCAAAACUGACAUAGCUGUUCAUCUUCAUUUCAAUGUAGCAACAGAUCGAUGUUGCUAUAAUCUUCUCACAUUAAAUAAAAUAGCUGUUAUUUUACCUGGUGAUGGAUCGGAGCCAAAAGCAAUGUGUGACAUUGUAAUUCGAUUACAGGAAGGACUACUUGAACGUAUUUAUGAAGCUUAUCCAGCAUAUUUACCACUUCAUUAUAUGCUUUUUUUUACACAUGAAAAGCUUGGUUGGCAUGCGGAAUUGCAUCAUACUUUAAUAGAUGAAUACGGAUAA